AUGUCUCAGCAUGGGCGGAUCAAAGUGCGCACUACAGCUGAACAGGCUGAAGCAAAGAGAAAAGAAAGGGAGAAGAAACUAAAGAUUUAUCAACAAACUACCAAUCGGAUCUAUGAAAAGGUAUAUUUUAUUUUUUGAAGUAUUAAUGCAGAGACUAUCAUCACAACUUAUGCAGUUGCGAAAAGAAGGCCUGAAGAAAAUUCAGGCUUGCCAGGUAUAUUAAGAACCAAUUUUAUGAAAAGCUCCCAGUUCGCUUGCUAGCUAAAUUAGCUAGAGUGCAGCACUGGUAUCACAGAGGUCAGGGUUCAAAUCCCAGCAAACCUGAAUUUUUUUCAGCCUUUCUUUUCAUUGCUGCAUAGGUUGCAUAUUUAACUGUGAUGAUCUUCUCUGGAUUUAUUUUUUUCAUUUCAUAGUACAAAUAUAUGAAAAUUAAUUUAUAUACUCAUCAUUUCAUCCAAAAUACCCUUGAUGAAUGUGAGGUAGCUAUUCUAAAUGGGAUGUGACGCUUAUUGUCUUAGUGAGUGGUGUAAAUUGCAGAUUUAGUCUCACUCAGGGUCUUCAGGAUACAAGGCCAGAGAUAAAGGUUGUGCUCAAACAUAUAUCUAGAAAAAAACUAAUAUCUUUGUACUGUGGUGAAUACAGCAUUCAAUGCCAAAAUCUUUAGCACUAUUAAAUCACCAUAAACAUGGGGUAUCAUCAUGCAAAAUAAGUCUAAAAAUACAAGGGUUAAGCACAUCAUUUAGAAAUGGAUGCAACCAGCAAUUUUGAACAGACAGAGUUGCAUCAUAAUUUUUAUGGGGGCUUGAGGGUUUGACAUUUUCAGAAGUUAUGGUAUUGGUUCCUGUGAUGAUGAUGAGGAUGAUGAUGAUGAUGAUGAUGAUGAUGAUGAUUAUUAUUAUUUUCUCUUUAUUCCAGAGGAAAAAUGGAGAGAUGGACAAGGAGUCCCUCUCUUUAACAGAACAAGUUCUUGCAGCAAACCCAGAUUUUUCUACACUCUGGAACUUUAGAAGGGAGAUUUUUCUCCACAUGAAAGAUGAAAAGUAUGUAUUAUAAUGAAUUAUUAUUAUAUUGCUAAUAGUUUUCAUUGGUUUAUUUCAAUGAAGUCUUUAAUAUUUGCAUAUAAUUACAGCUAAAUUGUUAAGAAAUGAUUUAGUUGUCAGGAUUUGAAAAGGUCUCUUUGAUGUGUCACUGGUACAGACCUUCAGCCAAAAAUGUACAGACUGCAAAAAAAAGUAAAAUGAAUAGAUACAUUGUAACCUUCAUUGAAUGAGGUUUACAUGUGCACUGUGACAAACUCAUGGCCCUUGUGUUGCGCACUCUCCACUUAUCUUGUCUCUUAAGCCAUGUAGCAGGUCCCUGCUACCCUAGGAAUGGUUUUAAGUGCUAUCAUGUUUUCUUUUUUAAGUCCUCCAGAUUUAUUGCUGAAGCUUUGCCAGAAAGAGCUGUCAUUCCUCAAGAAUUGUCUGCAAGUGAACCCAAAGUCAUACAGUGUGUGGCAUCAUAGACAGUGGAUCAUGGAAUACAUGCCACAACCAGACUGGAAUGAAGAACUGCGGCUUUGCAAUUUGUUCCUCUCUUAUGAUGAGAGAAAUUGUAUGUUCAUUUAUUAUUAUUUUCAAACAUUUUGAUGUAAACUUUUGAGAUAAAGAUCGCAGGCAAGGAUGCAAUGUUUCUCAGAUUCAAACAAAGAAAACCAAAUUUCUAACAUUAGCAAAAAAAAAACCCUGGAGCAUUAUAAAUUUAGUUGUUAUUCUUGCCUUCUCACCUAUUUUAUCUUUUGAACCUUGUCACCAAUGAAUUUUUUUCAGAAAAUAUCCAAAAUACAGGCCCACCUUCUACUGAGGGUUUAUUGGUUUGAACCCCCUACCCCUCUGGAAAUUCCAAUUUACCUUUAUGCUUUCUUUUUGGAAUUUUGGCCUUUUAGAAAAGAUAUUAAGAUUACUGGUAAUCAGAAUUUCUAUGCUUCACUACUGUAAAGGUUUAACUAUAGAAAUAAUUCGAGAUGGAUAUUAGAUACAGUCAACUCUCUCUAAGACGGACACCUUUGGGACCGGCACUAAGUGUCUGUCUUAGAGAGGUGUCUGUUUUAUAGAGAGUCAAAUAAAGGGAUUAAAGAAAGGCAGGGACCAACUCUAAGUGUCCGUUUUACAGAGGUGUCCAUCUUAUAGAGGUGUCCGUUAAGAGAGAGUCAACUGUACGUCUAAAUGAGUGGGUUUAUUACGUUUGACAGUGUACUUUUCUUCCAUCAGUUCACUGCUGGGAUUACAGACGAUAUACUGUGAAAAAAGCAAACAUAUCCCCAGAGGAUGAAUUCAACUUCAGCACAGAGAAGAUCAAAGAGAACUUUUCUAACUAUUCUUCCUGGCAUUAUCGCAGUAAACUGCUGCCACUGAUUCAUCCUGACCAAUCAGGAGAUAAAGAACGUGUGGAAGAGAAUGCACUAAUGAAAGGUCUCUAGCAGAAAAUGCUUGUUUCUGACUAUGUUAAAGUUAAUUUUCAACUUAUGAACCAGUAAUAUUAUUGUUCACAUAUAAGGUUUGUUGUUAAAAUGAUUAGGAUCCAUGUGGGAUCAAUUUACUUUUUUAGGAAACUGCCCACCUACCCCUACCCACUUAGGGCAAAAUGCUGGUUUAGGAGAGGGGUGGGUAGGCAGUUUCCCAGAAAAUUGAUCUGAAAUGUGCACCUACUUUGGUCAUGAUACAUUUAUUUCUGUUUCAGAAUUUGAUCUUGCUCAGAAUGCAUUUUUUACGGACCCUUAUGAUCAAAGUGCUUGGUUCUACCAUAGAUGGCUUUUGGGAAGAGGUAGGAAUUAAAGCUGAAAACUAUUAUCUAACAUUAAAAAAGAGAAACUUCAAUUUUGUUUUAUAAUUAAAGGAGUAGCCACAAUGUACGUUUAUCAUGGAAUUAAAAAAGAUUUAUGACGAUUGUAAUACAAACCAAAUGCAUUCAGUGACUUUCCUUUGGUGGUAUAGUUACCAUAGAAAUGGAUGGUUACAUGAACUAAACCACUUGGGGUAUCUUGGCUGUCUUUUCCAAGUACAGUGCUUUAAACCUGGGAAGAGGUCAGUGAUUUGGAUAGGGUGGUCGCUUUAUUGAGUUGUGCUCAUUGAGGGUUGAUCAUACAUCAUGGACGAACAAGUGUGAUAAGAAUUUAGUUUGCAGUUCUGCAUGGUCUGAUCCUACUUGACCUGUGCAAAUUGAAUACUAGAAUGCUGGUCAAACUUCUGAUAAAACAAUAAGUUUUGUUGUAGGUAGUCGAUAAGUUGGCAGUGCUUAUCUUGUAGCAAUGCUUAGGAUCAAAAGCCACCAAAAAUAAGUGAGGUUCAGAAUGCCCCCAUCACCUACCACCCGCCAACCAGUGUUAGUAAUAAUUAAAGAAAAAAUGGGUUGGUGAAGACCGUGGUUGAAACUUCGUAAUCAAUAACAAAGUGACAGUCUUGAGACAAACAAUAACAGAGGCCUAAAGUACGAGCAUUUGUUUUUUUAAGAGAAUUUUUUUCUUUCUCUGCACGUUUGGCUGCAUAAAUUUAGCCAUAAAACUCUUAACCCUUGAUUCUGUGACUCUAGUGAAAUAAAUCUGUCUACGUGCUGGCCAUUCAGUGUAUAUCAUAUGCCUUCCCUUCUUUUAAGGUUCAAAUUAAUAGCAUUAAAAUAAUUUUUGAUGUUUUAUUUACUUUUAGCAAGACCGUUAAUGGAUAUUUCCUGCCUGUAUGUGAGUUGUCAUGAAACCAUGGCAACAAUCAUUGUACAAUUUUGUCAACCAAUCCAGGUGAGUGUUAUCGGCAAUUUGGCAACUUAUUCUUCCGAACAAUAAUUUCGAGACGUUUGCAAUUAUUAUACCCUUACCUGUACUGACAAGCCAUAUCAAUACCAUCUGCUGAGGUAGGCUUCAUCGCCAGUCACUUUUCUUGAACUCACUCUCAUCUCGAGGAGCCUGGUUAUCAUAUUUUUGGUUUGCAAUCAUGUGACAAGGCGGCCAUAUUGAGGGUCAAUACAAUAGAAUUUUUUCUUGAAGAAUUUGCAUGAGAGAGGAGAGAACAUGGCCAACAUGGCCGCCGUGACGUCACGUGCAAACCAGCAAUUGUCGCUGAAGCAAGUCCAGCGGUCUAAAAGUAACUGCAGAAUACACUUCAACGUUCAAGCUGCAUAUAGAAGAGCUGGAAAAGUGGACGCGCAGUUAUUCCUUUUAUACGCUUUUCCAUUUUCAGUGGCUUCACGAACGACAAGUAGUAAUACGUGCUUCAUGUUGUUACGAUGUUCAAAGUGGAUACGCGGUCGCGCAGCUACUGUGUAUCCACGUAUCCCCGCAUUUAGGAGAAGGAAUUUGGACCCAGUUUUCUGCGCAAUCUUGUAGUAGCCAAUGAAAGCAGCCAAGCAGCCAUGGCGUCCCGGAAACAGUCCCAUAGUGCAAUUCGACGCAACACCGACCCAAUCUCUCAAGCAACCUUGAAGGCGUUGUGUUACGGCUCUCAAGUUCAUUUUCUCAUAAAUUGCCCUGAACUGCGCAACCUUAAUUAUUCUCUAUGGAACUUGACUUAAGCAAAUAAAUUUCUUGUAACUGACAGAAUCACAACUUUGUGUCAAACAAUAUGUCUCUGCAAGCGUAAUAUCUAAUGUUACAAACAACAAAAAAGAAUUUUGAAAAAGCGUUAGGCUAACAAGUUUUGAAAAACCACAAUUGUAAUCCGUUUUAAUCUUCUUCACGUUUGUCCAUACCUUCUUUUAAAGUUUUGAACGUUUUUUUUUCUUUUGUUUUUUUUUCAUGUUUCACUCAAAUUGGUGGCACUUCCCACUCUCAGAAUAUUUUUGAUAAAUUUCGUCACGUGGCUCCUUUAAAAAGGCUGAUAUAGUGCAUACGGACUAAGAAAGAUAAUUUUUUCUUAUUCUUUUAUUUUUCUUUUCAAGGUACCUAAAGAAGUUCCAUUUGUUUCUGUCAAUGAACAAGAAGUUACAGGAGAAUGGAACAAUCCUUAUCACAACAGCCAUCCUUCGCCAGUGUGGAUAUCCUUUUCGGUUGUCUGAAUAUAGGGAAUAUAUGUUCGGUCAUGCCUCUUUAGCAUCUGUGAAAAGUCGUUGUUUUUCUUGGUCUCUCUCUCCCAGAUGUAUCAAUAUUAAUGACCCUUAUUCAGUUGCACAAAAGAGAGCAAGAAAAAGGGCCUGUUUACGUGGAGGUGGGGGACCCCGGGUAGGUGAGGUUACCCGCUUAGGUGGGGUAAAAAAAAAAUAACCCGCGUUUAUAUGCAAUCUUACAACCCCGCCGUCUUAAAAAAAGCGACGUGUUUUGGCGGUUAAUACUCUUCUAAUCUCACUUGAAAAUGAAACAGUCGACUUACCUCACCUAAGGAUGGCGUCUUUUGUAAGCUAUGAACAGAAAGGAGAAAACACUUCGUCGUUGGUCGCUUCCCAUAAAACAUCGCAUCAGGAAUUACACUUCGUAGUUUUGCACCCUUAUAGAUUAGCAAUUGUUACAAUUUGUUUCUAUAUUGUCUUGGAUUUUUCCUUGUUUUGAAAGUGUUUUCCUUGACCGUUCACACAUUUAUAGCUGCAAACAUUGCUUAUCAAAUGUCCCGGAUGAAACCAUUGUAAAAGUGACAUUUAUGAAUGGAAAACUGGAGAAGUCUGUGGUGUUACCAAAAGGUUUGUAUUUAAAUUAUUGAAAUAUUUGGCGGUACAUGUAAUGUUUAUGAUCAAAUUGCUGGAUACAUUGUUUGCAUGAGUUGUUAUGUAAAAUCGCUUUGCUGUCAAACUAUGUUUCCAAGUUACUCGUCGUUUACAGAUGCGCCGGUUUCUUCUGUGAGCUUAAAUGUCGAGUUUGUAGCCGAGGAUAAUGAGUUAAUUUAAAGUAGGUUUAGGUAAGCCCUUAACCAUAAAUGGUUUGCAAAAAUUUGCAAUGAGUGUUUGCCCUAGUAGAGGUGGAUUUCGACUGUCGCGUUAUUUAUUUUUUUUUACGGGCGUACGCGCAAAAAUUUUACUUGCGUAAAUAAAGUAGGUAACCUCGCUCAACUCUUACGUUUACGCGCUACCUUUCGUACAUCGCGUCUAUUAUACCGUAAAACUCCGAAAAUAAGCCCCGGGGCUUAUAUUUUUUAACAGCCCUUUUGGAGGGGCUUAUAUUCGGAGGGGCUUAUCUACGGAAGGAAAUUUGCGUUUCAAAAUCGAUUGGGCUAGCCUUAUAGUUGGAAGUAAAUUUACCGUUUUUGCCUUGUUUUACUUUGUCUUUGAGGGCAAUUUUCCAAGUACAAGUCCCCGGGGGGCCUAUGUUCAGAGGGGCGAUUUAACGGAGGGUUUUUUGCGCUACCGGUUUGGGGGGCUUAUACAUGGAGGGGCUUAUUUUCGGAAUUUUACGGUAUUUACGCACGUUAAUUUUACGUCGUAGGCACGUGGACAGAGGAAAUCCACCCAAAGAAAGGAUAAAUAACUCCUGAUCGAUUAAGAUUCUGUUUCUAUUUGUGUUAUAUUCGUGUUGUCUUAUGGCAUUUAAUGGUAUUGAUCGCAACAGUUAUUGUGACCCAUAAACGUAGAUUUGCUUUGCAUAUGUAGGUGAAAAAGAAGCUUGGACACUUGUAGCAAGUGACUCUCAUCUUUUUAGGUAAGCUCUUACGGCCAGUUGCGUUAAAUUUCAUUCCAAGUUCGAAGGUCACAUGAGAGGAAGACAACUUCAGCUCUGAUUGGUUGAGAACGUGGUGCGAUUUUAAUGACGCAAAGCCAAAGCAAUUACGAUACUUCAGUACCGCUCUAAGGAUCGCAUUGCACAAUCCUUAAACAUUCUUUUGUUGGCAUUUUUUCUUAGAGCGGAGUUGACAGCAGUACAAAGUUCUGUCCUUCAACAAGAAUUAGAUUCCUGUCGACUUUUAUUGGAAGAGGAACCUGACAAUAAAUGUAAGUGCAAUGUAAGUCCUAGAACUUGUUGUCGGUACUAUUUUCAAGGGUCGCAUAGUACUACAUGAGUCCAGUUUACUGAGUACGUUCGAUUGUGUUUGUUUGUUUGUUUUUUUUGUAAUUGGGCAAUUGGCGAUUAACACUACGCGUUUUUGCGAGGAAAGAGUACAACGUGAGACCAAUUAAUUGAAUACAUUGUCGUUGUAGUUCUUUUUUGUGAUCCAACAAUAGGGGUUUUACAUUCCAUCGACCUCUUUUGAACAACGAAUACGUGUAUGCACCUGCCUUCUCUGAGUUUUAACGCAGAGGACGACUGGAGAAAGAAGGGCGGAUGAGCUUCUUGUAAGCCAACGGCUAGCAUUCAGCUUAAAGGAUAUAAAAUCAGAUCCGGAAAUACUGUCGGUUAGGGUCAAUCACUCAACCAACAGCCAGAACUGGACUGGAAACAAAUUUCUGGACAUUUUCACUAUUGAAAGUGAAGAAUGAUCAUCCAAUUUAAGCAGAAAUUGCUUAAAUUGGAAAAUUUACUGCGAUGAUCAUUCUUCACUUUCAUCUACAACCGCAGUUCAAAAAUGAAUCAUUUCAUAUAUACUUCACAUCAUUUCACUCCUCACGGGAGAUAUGAACUCAAUAAAUUGACCUCGCUCCCAUGUGUGGCUUCAUAGCUCAGUUGGUAGAGCAACACACCGGUAACGCGGAGGUCACGGGUUCGAAUCCAGUUAAAGCCCUGAUUUUUUUCAGGCUUCUUCUUUCCAAUUGCUUAAAUUGGAAAACUUACUGCGAUGAUCAUUCUUCACUUUUAUCUACAACCGCAGUUCAAAAAUGAAUUAUUUCAUAUAUACUUCACAUCAUUUUCACUAUUGUUAGCCAGAGAAAACAGCCGAAAUUUCGCGACUCCACCACUGGGUUUCCCAAGAAUGACGUCUGAGAAACGACUGCAGAAAUUCCAUACUGAUGACGCGUCACUAGCAUGAUCUGGGUAUUGUUCUGAUUGGUUGAAAAUUUGCUUCAUCCAAUCAGAGGCACUACUUAGAUCGAAGUAGUGUAGCGUCAUCGGUAUGGAGGUUCUGCGGUCGUUCCUCAGACGUAAUUUCGCGGAGAAACCAGUGACACCUUCACAAAGUGCCGGCUUUUUUCUCUGGCUACACUACUGUGAAUAUUAAAAAUGGUACCGUGCUCAGUAGUCGAGAGUGGGAAAAUUAGAAGUGGUGGACAUAGCCAGUAGAAAUUCUAAUCUUGCGCGUGCUCCCCAAGAAACGCUUGCAAUGCGAGUUGGUGUAAAUUGAUUUUGGUAUUUCCCCUUUGUUUUCAAUUUUUAGGGACAAUGUUAACAAUGGUACUGCUGAUGCGUGCUUUAGAUCCGCUCAAACAUGAACAGGAAACAGAGUUGUAUUUAGAAAGCCUUACGCAAGUUGACUGUUACAGGCAGGGCUACUACGAAGACCUUAGUAGGUUUAGUUAAAUCAACUGCUGUUUGUCGACUAGAUAGAAAAAUGUUUUAUAUAUUGUCUUAAUCUGUCUCCGUGUUAUCUGUGUUUGAAGUACUUCAAUAAUGACUGACUGACUGACUGACUGACUGACUGACUGACUGACCAUCAAUAUCUAAACCACACAAAAAAAUUCCAAUGAUUUGCUCUCUUUAAGGAAACAAACGUCCUGACUGACUGCCUGAUUGGCUGAUUGACUGGCUGACUGACUUACUGACUAACUGAUUGACCAACUAAUCAAUAAGGUGACCGAUCAUAUGACAGCCUGACCAACUGACUGACUGAUUGACAUACAUAUGUAUUUGUAGGUUGUUAGACUUAGAAAGUGGCUGUAUAUGCCUACCUGAACUACUAAGAGACGCAAUGCUACUGAGUUGAUGACUAAAAGCCAUCUAAAAACUUACGUUUUAAGUCAAAGAGCCCUAACGAGCUUAGAAAGGGAUGGCGCAGUGGUGAGAGCGCUCGCCUCCCACCAACGUGGCCCGGGCUGAAAUCCCGGCGUCAACGCUAUAUGUGGGUUGAGUUUUUUGUUGGUUCUCUCCUUUGCUCCUUUGCUCGGUUUUCCCCUCUCCUCAAAAACCAACAUUUCCAAAUUCCAGUUCGACCAGAAAUCCGGUAGACGAAGAACCACUUUGUGGAUGUGCAACCUCUAAAUCAUUUUUCAUUUAUUUAUUUUAUUUAGUUAGUUAGUUUCUAAAGAAGUUGUGGUGUUGCACUGAGGAAUUAGAAAGUGAGCCCUUCAUAAGAAAGUUGGAAUCAUCAGCUUGUAAUUCUUGUCACGGGGGCCAAUUUUUAUCAACUCAGUCGUUAAUUAAAAUCGACUGAGUUAUUAUUUGCCGUCGAAUUCGCUAACUUUUCUGUCUGUUGUUCUGUUAGGACGAAAAUUCCGAGUAGAAAACGCCAUAGAGAGGCACCGCUCAAUAAAGGUUUGGAACUGAAUACCCGGUUUAUUAAUGCCAUGUUAAGUUUUGUUCAUUUGUUUGAUGGUUAAACUUUCUAUUCAAUAUCCAACUUAUGAUCUAAAGUUUGGUCAACAAAUGUGGUUUUACCCAACCCAACUUACGUCAGCUUCAAAUUGUGUUGUGUUCAUAAAAAAAAACGAAUUAAUGCAAGGAGAAAUUUUUAGCAAUAGUGGCAUUGAUAACAUCUUCAGUCUUAGCUGAUAGGAAACGUUUAGAUGUAAGUAUGUUACUACUACAUUCAAAACCCAUGAGAGGUUUCUGAAGCAAUUGGUUUGAUUAAGCAAAAGGAUAUUGCAAAACCUGGUUUUCACAAGUUUCAGAAAACUAUACGGGGCUUAACCGUCUUUUCAGCUGGAAACUUUAAUACUACACAAGAACACAGUUUUUCGUGAUUAUCUACAGUGUGACAAAUGUUACUCGUGUGGAACUGACUCAGUACUGGCUAAGUUUGAUGUAAUCAAGUGUGAGGGAAAAGUGGACGUUGCUCAUUUAGGAUAAAGAUUUUUUAACAGCCUGUGGAACACUCCUUGAGCAAAAUCAGGGACCACUAAUUUCUUAUACAGUCGAAUCCCGAUAACUCGAACCCUCUAUAGUUCGAACCUCUCGCUAACUCGACGCAAUUUACAUUUCCCUUCAGAUCGUUUUCUACAUAUUUUUACCCUCGAUAAAACGGACUUCCGAUAACUCGAACUUUUUUCUAUUUUCCUUGAAGAUUCGACUUAUCAGGAGUCGACUGUAAUUAUAUCAGAGACCACUAAUUUCUCUUUUACAACUUUUCUCCGUGUAUUUUAGGAUGGAGUAAGCAGAAGUAUUGAUCUCUCCAACAUGGUUAGUCCUUUGUCGUCCAAGAAUUGCGAGAGUAGUGUAGAAAGGACCGAUUAGGCCUUUUUUGUUGUGUGCCAGAAAAAGCUAUUUUGCCUUCUUCCUCAUAUGUGACCCUUGACUUUAGAGAUCGUCGCGGCUCAGUUUCGCUUCCUCACAGAAAUCGCGCCUAGGUAACCGUUCUUGUGUGUAAACAGAAGUGCUAUCCGGCAUGGUUUUCGUAACAGCACAAAAGCUAUCCAGGAUAGUGUGAGCAUAGCCUAAGUUGUCUGCAAUGGACAAUGAAAACGACCCGAAAUAAAACUUGUAUAAUUACACUACGGUUCAGUGAUUUAAAGUUUCAGGUGGCUUCAUGACCAAAAAAGUUUUAUUUUAAAAUACACUAUGACAUCAUCAGUGUAAAACCUGUCAAACCAGUCAAACCUUCUUACAAUAGCACAUGACUCAAUAUUAAUGAGAUUACUCCGCAUUUUAUUUUUGAGAUAAAGACAAAAGGCUAUGACGUCAUCGGCGUUAAUGUUUUCCUGCGCAAUGGACGCGGUCUAAACGGUCCCUACUAUGCGUUUCCAAGUCAGUCAAGGAGAGAGGCCGCAGUAAGGUAGUUGAUUUAUGCCACUGAAACCAGUUGAAAUCUGACCCUGGGCCAUCUGUGAAUUAAUUGCGACGUCACCUUGAGAGUUGAUGAUCCUAAAGCAGUUUUCAAUGGCUUUUAAUUGAGGGUCCACACAAUUGUGUCUUAAAAGACAGUGCUGUAGGAAGGUAUCAGGGCACCUUGAAUUUAGCCUGAUUUACUUUCACUUGUUGUUAUUUUUUUUCCUUUUUUGUUCCCUUACAGGACUUGACAUUUUUGUCACACAUGGAUCAGCUUGUUCUUAUGAAGGAAGUAAACCUUUCUCAUAAUCAUUUAUCUUCACUGGACGAAUGUAACAUGUUACAAUGCGUAAUUACCCUGGAUUUCAGUAAUAAUGAACUGCGGCAUAUCACCAAAAGACAUGCGUUAAGACUCCAUAAACUGCAAGAGCUUUCUCUUUCAAAUAAUAGUAUCCUUUUUUUAAGAGAAGAAAGAAUCCUGUGUUCACACCUGCAUGAAUCAUGAUUAGUCUAACAACAGUUAAGGCGUUCAUCACUUAAUUUUCUGUGUUCGAGACGGUCUUUGGAGCGAAACAUACUCAGUCAGAGCAUGACUUUCGACCUUGAUCGAAAUCGAUAGUCCCUUUGCAGCUAGCCUUCCACGUGGUACACACCACCAUGCUGGACUGGGAAAAGACAAACAAAGAAAAUUACCAUUUUAAGCUCUCUAUUGUUUGACCAUGCGGUCGCUCAGGGGAGCUCAUUCUCGUAAGCGACCAAGUCUAGUUACGACGACUUUUUCGUAUUUCCGAGGCGGUCGCUUACACGAGCUUUGACUGUAUUUAAAUCGCUACCAGCUCUGAUAGUCUGCGUUUUGUUUAGAGGAAAGAAGGGAAGAUUAGAGACAGACAGAAGAUGUUCCCUUCCCUAGUCGCUUCCCCCUGCUCUCAGGAACCGCAUCGUCUCUGCGUUUGCUCAAUUUCCUCUUGGUCAAUUACUCACUAUGAUGUAAAUGUGAAGUCUGAUCUACCCCUUAUGCGGCAUGUUGUUGUUGUUUGUUGUAUGUUGUUUGUUGUUUUCCUUGACGCGAUGAAAAGGUAUUUCUAAUUUAGAAGUUUUGAAGACUCUACAACACUGUCCAGUCCUCAGGAAAAUGGACUUGCGUGGAAAUCCUUGCUGUCAAGCACCAGGGUAUAUAGACAAAGUAAAAUCCCUGCUACCUAGUAUUCAAGAGUUAGAUGGAGAGAAGGUUUGA